AUGUCACAUGAAGAUGUUUUAUUAAUGACAGAAAGAUUAGAACGUUGGAAACAACGUUUACAAAAUUUGACCGAGAUCCAAUUGCCUACAGAUUAUCCUAGACCUUUGCCACCAAAAGUUGUAGAGGCAACCAAGAUAUUACAUUUGCCCGAAAUCACGGCAUUAGCCGUUUUGCAACUAUCGCUUGGUAUUUCUCCAACAAAUGGGUCAAAUCCUUCUCCAUUUUCAAUUCUGUUGGCUGCCUUCACCAUAUUGUUAUAUCGGUAUACUGGUGAUGAGGAUAUCACCGUUGGAUCUUCUUCGGAUUCAAGAAAUCCUCUCGUUUUAAGAAUACGCAUUAGCCAUACAGACACUUUUGAACAAGUGCUCCAAAAAGUUCAACAAGUUGAACAAGAGGCCACUUCUGAUGAAGUCCCGUUUCACUUAUUAUUAUCAAAAUUAUUUCCUCCUAAAGACAAAAGGAGCAAUGCAGUAUCCAAGUCAAUCAAUGGUGUAGGUCAAGAAUCACCUUCGAUACCAUCGCAUUCACCAUUAUUUCGCGUUCGUUUCUUUAAUCAGACGGAUAUCCCGGAAAAUCCGUUAUUACAAGUCACGUCAUCUACAACAGACUUGACGGUUUCAAUCACCUCACACUCCUCUUCUUCGUUACGUCAAGCACUUUUACCUUCAAUCGAAAUCAGAAUUUCAUAUAAUCAGAUUUUAUUUUCUGAAAAGCGUAUUUCCCAUGUAUUAGAUCAAUUAAUUAACGUUAUUAAUAAUGUACAUAAAAAUAAAGAAUUAUGUGUAGCCGAGAUCCCUAUACUGACUAAAAAGUGUCUCGAUAUUCUCCCCGAUCCGCGUGCGGAUUUGGAUUGGUCCGGAUUUCAUGGUGCGAUUACGGAUAUUUUCUCUGAUAAUGCAAAAAAAUUUCCCGACAAGCCUUGUGUGGUGGAAUCUCGUGAUGGUAGUAAUAAGAGACGCGUAUUUACCUAUCGUCACAUCAAUGAGGCUUCUAACCUUGUCGCACAUCAUUUAAUUCAAAAUGGAAUUGAAAGGGAGGAUGUGGUUAUGGUUUACGCGUACCGUGGUGUGGACCUAGUAGUUGCGGUGAUGGGCGUUCUUAAGGCCGGUGCUACUUUUAGUGUAAUUGCAAAAGAAGUUGAAACUAUGUUAAGUGGAGAAUAUAACUUGGCUAGUGAAAUGACUGACCUGCUGGAAAAUAAUGUUGUUGCAAAUAAAAAUAAGACCAAAGGUUCGAAGGAAAAUAAAGCAGAAUUUGAUUACGCUAGUGAUUAUGAGUCAUUGUUAACCGAACACAUACAAGAAAGUUAUGAGCCAAUUAUAGAGAAUUACCCCAGGAAGAACUUCUUCGUUACCGGCGUUACUGGAUUCCUUGGAGCCUUUAUUGUUUCAUCUCUACUGGACUUUAGUAACGACAUUAAACUUAUUGUUCACGUUAGAGCUAAAACAAAAGCUCUUGCAAUGGAAAGAAUUAAGAAAAGUUGUAUGUCACAUCUAGUAUGGAGAGGCGAGUGGGAAACUCGAGGAAGGUUGGAAGUGGUCUGUGGUGAUUUGGAGGAAGACAGGUUAGGUAUUAGUGAAGAAGAGUGGAAAUCACUCGCAGAACGUGUGGAUGGUAGUAGGACAGGAUUAAAGAGCGGAUAUGGACAAAGCAAGUGGGUAUCAGAAAAAUUAAUUAUGGAAGCAAAUAAGAGAGGAAUGCCGGCUACGAUAAUAAGACCUGGAUACAUAGUUGGACAUUCUACAACUGGGGUUACAAAUACUGAUGAUUUUAUUUGGAGGUUAAUCAAAGGAUGCAUUCAGCUAGGUGUAGUACCUACGAUUUAUAACACCAUCAACAUGUGUCCUGUUAACUACGUUGCCGAAUGCGUUACACGCGUAUCCUUAUCACCUGUUGCAGCGUCUAAGUGUGUUUUCCAUAUCACGCAUCCCUCAAGUCCAUCAUUUAGACUUGAUGAGUUAUUUUCUUGCUUGCCUCGUUAUGGAUAUACAGUAGAUAUAGCCGAAUAUAUUGUGUGGAGGAACAAAUUAAUGGAAUUUACAUUACAAGCAGGAGAUAAUGCAUUAUACCCGUUACUCCAUUUUGUCCUUGAUGAUUUACCGACAUCUACAAAGUCACCUGAAUUAGAUAAUACUAAUACGCGAGAAAUUGUUGGCAAAGAAUGUGAGAGAAUGGGAGAGAGAUUAAUAGGAAUUUACUUGGGUUAUUUAGUUAAAGUAGGAUUUUUGGAUAAGCCUGAUAUAAGAGAAAAUCAUCAAGGUUAUAAUAGAAUUUUAGAAUUACCCGACGUUUUUGUAGCUUUAGAAGGAGUUGAAGUUUUAAGAAGAAGUAAUAGAAGUUAA